AUGGCAGCAGCUCAACCGCAUUUGCUUGUUUGGAAACCAAUUAUGAGUGUAACGCCGCCCGUCUAUCCCAAUAUCAAGCCUUCGUAUAAUCGUUACAUACCUGUAGCACCUGUACAAAGCUAUAUGCUAAGCCUAGCACCGCCGAAAGUUAACAGCUAUCCUUACAAAAUCAAAGAAUACAAUGAUAUGCGAAAGUCAACAAAUUUACGUCAACUAGCGUUGAUUAAUGCGAUUUUACCGAAAUCCUAUAUACCUCCGCACGCAAACGUCAUACGUAACCACCGUCAUAACAAAUUGCUUUACCCUCAAUACUACAGUGCAUACGGCCGCCAAAUGGUGGAUGAUGUAAAUGCGGUGCACUUGAUACCGCGACAGCAAUAUCAUCAGUACGUACCGACGAACACUGCUCCUCCUCUGGCAAUCAGUAAACCAACGGAAAUAUUCAAUUUGAAUAUUCAUGGCCUUGAAACUAAUACUUAUGGCAAUAGCAACACAACCAUUGAUAUGCUUUGCGGUCGCAAAAUGAAAGACCAAACUGACGGUGGUUCAAACAAUAAUGUGCUUUACUACUACUGUCAACCGAACAUUAAUGGAAUAAAUUAUACACAGAUUUUGCCGAAAGUAGAUUCGAAACCAAAAUUUUCAUAUAACGAAAUAUUAAAGAUCCCAACAAGUACCGCCACGACAACGACCACUCUUAGCGCAAUGCCAAAAGCAUUUCUUAAAGAUACGUACGAAUAUACAACCGGCAAACCUUCGUUACAUACCGCUAUUCCCGCAAGAGAGGAAUUGAACUUAAAGAAAACAUACAGACCGCCCACAACGACUUCUACACCCUUUAAAAGUAAAGAGACUAAUGGAAUGACUGAUGAUUUGCUUUACGCGAGUAAACCGAGCGUUGAAAUCGCUUUUCUACCUAUCAUGUCACCAUAUGGAAAUAAAGAAUACCAGGGAAGAAACUAUUUUUUCACCACUCCCUCAACUGUUUUUCAUUCAAACGAACAACGACAUACUCCCGGUCCGGCGUAUGAGAUCAUAAAUAAUAACGGUGUUAAUUACUUAACUACCGUGCAUUCUCCUUACGGUAACAAAGAGCACAGUUUCUUCACGAUAGAAGACGCAGUCACUAGUUCCCCGGCGAAUCAAGUGUUCAAUGAUCCUUAUUUGGCAUAUAAACAUGCACGGAAACAGCAUGAACGAUGGCGCUCAACACUUGCUCCUCCCCCUCAACCGACUACAACAGCACUCUUGCUGUCGUAUUCUCCACAUAAGAGCGAUGAGGUGAAAAGCUUUUUCGACUCUGAUUAUGACAUAGACCAUGAAUACGAACUGUUUGAUCAUCCCACGAAAACGGAAUAUUCAAAUUUUGCUUUACACGAGCCGUUAGGAAACAGUUACAAUUACAUAGACCAAGCACAACCGCCGAAGGAUUAUAAAUCAGAGGAGACGUCUAGUAUCGGUCGUUUAAAUAGCGUGACCACAUAUAGACCGACCUAUGACUCAAUAACUGAAAGAAUGCUUACGACACCAAAGUCAUCAACAAGCUCUCCCUCCAAGGCAAAUAUUACAACUGAAGUAUAUGCAGCAUGGCAAACAACUACCACUGCAACAACGACUGCAAAAGCGGCUUUAAGUACCACUCGAAACAAAUUUAAGAAAAUGAUACUAAAAUCACCAGCCAGUCUAAGGCCUUUUAAAUAUCAUAAACAACGAGGACUACGUGAAUCGUCUACAACCACUUCUACCACAUCUCCUACGAGGACCACUGUCGAUACUAGUAAAUAUACCCGACAGCCGUAUAAAUACAUUAAGAAAUUGAAAAAAGUAAAGCAUUUGUUUUCCACCUCAUCAACAACAACUGUCGACCCUACCACCACAACCUCUGUCGCUACCGCCGCCUUAACAACGGUAACAACCACGGAGAAAGUCGAAACGAAUAGAACGGAAUCGCAACCUGACUCCGAGCACUUGGCGCCCACCAAUACAACGUCGUCGUCUGAAAAGCCCCGCAUUUCUCAAAGAAUUCAGAGAGGAUCCAUGAAAGCUAAUGUAAGCACAGCGGCGAGCAACUCUGUUCAAGAUGCUAAAACUGCCCAUAAAAGAGGUUCGAAAAGAACAAAUGAACGUCAUUCAAGUAGUCAUAAGAAAGAGAAACGAGUAGAUGUUCAAAAUUCCAGGCAAGGUCCUAAAAGCCGACGUAGAUCUUCUACAACCACAAGCCCAAUUACACUAUUCGAGCCACAUAGUACGCCUAUUUUGCCAAUCACUACUACUAAAAGCACUGCAACAGCUACAACAGCACCAACUACGACUAUGCGAUCUAUUAUGAAAAUAGCCAAAUCGAGAAACAAAAUGCGCAGCGACAAGACGAGUUCGCGUACCGAGCGUACCGAAACAGAUAUUUUAGAAUUAAUGCUCAGUUCUACAGAACCUCCAGUACCGCCUUUACCAAUCGAAAUAUACUUUCGGCAAAGUCAAAAAGCCUAUGUUCAUUGA